AUGAGUGUUCAGACCCCACCCACACUCAUGCAGCUGGCAAGGCAGGCUCUGCUGAGGAGUGAGGCCUUGGCCAUCUCUGCUCUGGAGAAACUGCCCAUGGAGCUCUUCCCAGGUCUCUUCAAGGAUGCCGUCCAUGCCAGACACACUAGGGUUGUGACGGCAAUGGUGGAAGCCUGGCCUUUCCCCUGCCUUCCUGUGGGGACUUUGAUGAAGACUCCCAACAUGGAAAUCUUCGUGGCUGUGCUCCAUGGCAUAGACAUGCAUCUGGACACAAGGUUUCUCCCUUUGUCUGUUCCUAGGUGCCUGACAGCCCCCUUGGAGACUCUCACCAUCACUGGCUUCCAUCUGUCACAGCGCGACUUGAAUUACUUCCCCUUGUGUCACAACCUCUGUCAGCUAAAACAGCUGGACAUGAGUGGUGUGGUAUUAUUGCCCUUAGAUCCCAUGCCUCUCCAAGUCCUGUUACAGAAUGUGGCAGACACUCUGCAGUCCCUGGACUUGCAGGGCUGUAGGAUGAAGGACUCUCACCUCACUCACCUCAUCCCUGCCCUCAGCCAGUGCUCACAGCUCACUAAGUUAAACUUGUAUGACAAUGACUUCUCCAUGCCCAUCCUGAAGGACCUUUUGUACCACACGGUCAACUUGAGGAAGUUGAGUGUGGAACAGUACCCUGCCCCUCUGCAGUGCUAUGAUGAGUCAGGUUGCAUCUCUGUAGAGAGAUUUUCCCAUCUUUGUCAUGAACUCAUGGAUAUACUCAGAGCCAGAAGGCAGCCCAAGGGUAUCUCCUUUGCUACCCGUACCUGCCAUAAAUGUGCUGCGCGCUCUGUGUAUGACCUGGUACCCAGACUUUGUUUUUGCUUGCCAUAAGUAGAGAACAUGACUUAUGAUUUGAACACGUGGAAGGCUUGGGGCACAUCUCUCACCUGGGGUCUCAGGGCUCAUGGCAUCAGACACUGCAAACAUGGCUUGGAUCAGAAUGAUGUGCAGUGAGGUGGACCCUGCAGGGAGAACAAUGGGACAGUGGGGACAGCUAGAGUCCUGUGGCGUCAGAAGACAAAUUUGUGUUUCUAUGUGGCUUCUGUUGGUGAAACAGUGGCUUUUUCUUUCACCUGCAAUCCUGGAUGCUCUCCCUCUGGGGUCUUAUUCAGUUAUUAACCUCAUU